AUGAGAUCCCUUUUUAGGGCGAUCGCUAAAUUAAAACAAUCUAACGGGGAUUUUCUAGCUGAAUUAAAACAGUUGAAUGAAGAAUCUGCUGCUAGAUUAAAAGAGGAACUAAAACAGGAAUUAAAACAGUCUAACGAAGAAUCUAUUGCUAGAUUAAAACAGUCUAACGAAGAAUCUACUGCUAGAUUAAAACAUUCUAGAUUAAAAGAGGAACUAAAACAGGAAUUAAAACAGUCUAACGAGCAAUCUACUGCUAGAUUAAAAGGGGAGCUAAAAAAAUCUACGGACAGGUUACAGGAACAUCUUAAUGAAACCAGUCGAGAAUUAAGUGAUAAAAUAGAGGCUUCUAAAGUUGAAACGUUAGAAGAACAUAUCCAGGAAUCGCAUGAGGGAAAAGCUCGCAUGCGAAAUGAUAUUACUGACUUAACCAAGAGACUAGAUAAUGUCAAUGUCUUAGUUGUAAAUGAAAUAGAGAAAAAUAACGAUAAGUUACUAGAUGAAUUCUCUAUGCAAACAGAAACUGUUCGUAGAUAA